AUGGGGUCCAGGGACGGAGGGCCCAGGACCUGCACACAGCCCCACCUGGAGUCCCGCGACCUGCACGCAGCCCCACCUGGCAUCCCGCCCGCCACUGUCGCUGGCCUGCAGCAGCAGCAUCUCCUCCAGCUCUUGCCUACGAAGGGGCUCAGCCUGGCGGACCGGGAGGACACUCCCCCGUCGCUCAGUGGGACCACAAGGAGGAUCUGCCAGGAGCCCGCCGAGCCGAACCCUAAGUCAUCUGCCCCCAGGGUGGAGGAUGAACCACUUCUGAAAGAAACCCCCUGCCGCUUUGUCAUCUUUCCUAUCGAAUACCGUGAUGUUUGGCAGAUGUAUAAGAAAGCGGAGCCUUCCUUCUGGACAGCUGAGGAGGUGGACCUUUCCAAGGACAUUCAGCACUGGGAAGCCCUGAAGCCUGAGGAGAGAUGUUUCACUUCGUGUGUUCUGGCUUUCUCUGCAGCAAGUGAUAGCAUAGUAAAUGAAAACUGGGUGGAGCGGCUUAGCCAAGAAGUUCAGAUUACGGAAGCCCGUUAUUUCUAUGGCUUCCAAAUUGCCGUGGAAAACAUACAUUCUGAAAUGGACAGUCUCCUCAUUGACACUUACAUUAAAGAUUCCAAAGAAAGGGAAUUCCUCUUCAAUGCCAGUGAGACAGUGCCUUGUGUAAAGAAGGCGGCAGAUUGGGCCUUGCGCCGGAUCGAAGACAAAGAGGCUACGUACGGAGAACCUGUCGUAGCCUUUGCCGCAGCGGAAGGAAUCUUCUUUUCUGGUUCUUUUGCAUCUAUAUUGUGGCUCAAGAAACGAGGACUGAUGGCCGGCCUCACAUUUUCCAAUGAACUUAUUAGCAGAGACGAGGGUUUACACUGUGACUUUGCCUGCCUGAUGUUCAAACACCUGCUACACAAACAUUCGGAGCAGAGAGUCAAAGAAAUAAUCGUCAGUGCAGCUAGGAUAGAACACGAGUUCCUCACGGAAGCCCUGACAGUGGAGCUCAUCGGGAUGAAUUGCGCUUUGAUGAAGCAGUACGUCGAAUUCGUGGCAGACAGACUUGUGCUGGAGCUGGGUUUUAGCAAGGUUUUCAGAGUAGAAAAUCCAUUUGACUUUAUGGAGGAUAUUUCUGAAGGGAAGACUAACUUCUCUGAGAAGAGAGUAGGCAAGUAUCAGAGGAUGGGAGUGACGUCCAGUCCGACAGAGAAUUCCUUUACCUUGGAUGCUGACUUCUAA